AUGGCCACGGGCCCGAAGAUAGUGCACAAGCAGUUCAACUCACCCAUUGGGCUGUAUUCGCAGCAGAAUAUUCAAGAGACUCUUAACAAGCACCUCCAGAAUCUUGACAACGGCACCGUAGGAAUCGACUUCAAUAACCCAGGCACUAAUAAGCCAGCCAAUCUGGCUAACUCAGCCGUUCUACGAAUGCUUGAAGAGGAGGAGCGCAACCGCAAAGGACUCCCCAGCCAAAAGAAAGUUGUGUGGCCGCCAACGCCCGAAACAAACGGCUACCAUCAGCCUCAACAGCAGGAUCCCACAUUCUACAACAACGCUCAGCACUCUCCAUCGCAACAGUACACAUCCCCUGCUCAACCACAGGCCCAAAGCCAGCCCCACUACCAGUCCCAAUAUCAACCACAACCCCAACAACAAUCCCAAUCUCAAUUUCAAUCCCAGCAACAGCAUCAACCUCAAUCCCAGCAACAGUAUCAACCUCAAUCCCAGUAUCAACCCCAGCCCCAGUAUCAAGUGCCCCAAUCGCAACCGGCAUUCUGCGAGGGCAAGCGUCAAGAGGCCACAGGGCUGAGUAAGCUGAUCCCGGUCGGGCCAGGUGUUACUGCAUCCCCAGUUGCCUCUUACCGCCAGGGCCCGCCGUCGCCGCAGCCUUACCGUCCACAGAGCAGCCGCUGGGCUCCUGUACCAGCCCCUGCUUCCCCUCAGCCACAAUACUCGCCUCAACCACAGUAUUCAGAACCGUCGUACCAGCCGCCGCAGAAGCAAUUUGAGCCGCCACCGUCCGUCAUCACUCUUCGCCAACAGACUCCUAUUCACCAGAAACCAUCACCAGUUUUCUCUAGCCAACCAGCAACAGCUUCAUUUAAAGGAGGCGUCAACAUGCGUGGAGAUCAGAAGUGGCCUCCUCAAUCCGUGAAAGAAGCCGUUGCGGCUGAAAAUGAGGCUAGAAUGAUGCUUGCUAAAGGGCCAGCUUGCAGACCACGCAAGGUAAACAAGGACUACUCUGGAUUCUUUGCGAAGCAUGCCCUCAACAACAACUACCCUGGAUACCGCGCUCCGCCCGGCACUCAGCACUAUGAGGACCAUUCUGGCCGAUCAUCUUACUAA